CACACAAAAACACUCACUUAGGGUGUCGUUCUGAAUUUCAGAGCUGAAGCAUGCGUCUGAAAGCUUCCUCUUCGAAAAAGACACAAUUUGUAUAAUAUCGCUACCAAAACCCCUAUAGAUUUGUAAAAAUAUUUCGUAUUCUCAAUACCUCAACCAAUUGAACGCUCCUGAAGGCAAAAAACACCUAAUCUUUGUCAAUCGCCCAGUCGAUCAAGCCGGAACCCCUCGAUGGAUACCACAAACCAUAUGAAACCACACCCAAAUGAACUCAAAAAGCCGAAGACGGACAUCCUUUCUAAAGGUUUGACAGACAUUUGCUUUGGCGAUCUCUCUCGCGAGGAGAUCAAUAAAGCACUGACAUUGGCUGGUGUGCCUUUGAAUCCUCCAAAGAAGGUACCAUUCUACGCCGGUGGUAAGCCAAAGGCACGGUCUCGACCAAAACAGCAUGAUGCUGCUCAUAAAUCAACUACAACCCACUUGCCCGCUUCUGUCAAUGGUCAUCAAGCUCUGCCUGAGGUGACUGAGUCUGUAUCGUCGUCAACACCUGUUGAUGGAAAAAGAACAGAAAAGGUUGCCACUGAUCAAGCGACAAUGCCCCCACAGCAACCUAAACAACCACCGUCAAGUUGGGCUGCUUUACUACAACCUAAACCUAGUCGUCCACAACCGACAGGAUCAGUCAAAUCGCAACCAUUGAUAAAUUCAGCAAAUCCAUCGGCUGUCACUAACAACGCUGAAGUAAUUUCAUCAAUGAAGUUCACUGGGAUUUCAACCAUUGUGAGCAACUACCAGCCUACUUUUGAUUGGACCCUGUUAGAACCAAGGGGCUUGAUCAACAAUGUAAAUACAUGUUUUGUGAAUGUGAUCUUACAACCAUUGGUUCACUGCCCACCAUUUUACAAUCUCAUCCGAACUAUCGGCCUCUACGUUGCACACAGUUUUAACAGUAAAACUCCACUAGUCGACUCGCUGAUUGAAUUUGUCACCGAAUUCAAGAUUAUAUCAGAAGAACAGAAAAAUGAAGAGGCGUAUGGCGCACCAUUUGCUCCCGAGUAUGUCUAUGAUGCUCUACGUGGUCGAAAAAGAUUCGAUUCCAUGAAGCAGGGUAGACAAGAAGAUGCUGAAGAGUUUCUGUGUUUCCUCUUGGACGGCCUUCACGAGGAAAUGAUAACUGUUCAAACCAAAGAUAUCCCGAAGACAGAGACAAUAAAGGAAUCGGAAGAAAUAUCUACCGUAAAUGACAUGGAUGGAUGGAUGGAGGUCGGACCCAAAAAUAGAACAAGUACAGUGCGCACGAUGGAGGUUUCAGAGUCACCUAUCAGCAAGAUCUUCGGUGGAAAGAUACGAUCCAUACUGAGAUGUACUGGAUCCAAGGACUCCGUCACCUUAGAGCCUUUCCAGUCUUUACCUCUAGAUAUCACUCCUGACCAUGUUCGAUCAGUAGAAGAUGCUUUGGAGAAUAUGACAGUACCGGAAAUAAUGCACGAUUACAUCUCUACGAAAGGUAUCGUUACCGAUGCGACUAAGCAAAUCUUCCUCGAAACGCUGCCACCUGUUUUAGUUCUACAUGUCAAGCGCUUUGUUUACGAUAACAUUGGCGGUGUGCAAAAGUUACAGAAGCAUAUACGAUAUGACCAGGAACUGACCAUCAAAUCAGAAUGGAUCUCUGCUGCCAAGAGGCCUACUGAAGCUGUAAAAUAUAAGCUAUUUGGAGUUGUAUAUCAUCAUGGCGCAUCUGCUGGUGGUGGACACUACACCUGUGAUAUCAGGCGGCAAAAUAAUCAAUGGCUCCAUUUGGACGAUACCACAAUCACUGAGAUUCCAGAGGCGAACGUGGUCAUGGAUGACCGAGCAUACAAAUAUAACCAUUUCACAGGCGAUCAGACUGCUUACAUUUUGUUUUAUAUCCGAAGUUAGAGUGUUAGAAAAAAAUUAUCAUAGGAAUUUGCUUCUGUUGAAUAUAUAAAGACUGUCAUACAAUGUAAAAGGA